GCCCUUUUUAGCCUAUUGGGCGUGGUCUUACGCAAACAGCUGAGGUCACCAUAAUACAGACGUACUUACGUUUCCUCUGCCUCCCGUCUUACUCCGAGGUCUUCUUAUGCCCAGAUCCCCAUCGCCGAUUUUGAGACAAUUCUUCUCUCCGAUAUCAGAUUUCUCGCGACUACGACCACGACCUUGCUAUCUCUCGGGAUCACUUGUACAAUUCCGCUAUUGCGCACUUGGUAUCACAGCGACUGUCUCGCGGUAGCGAACCAUCUCAGAGACGAGGAGGCACCAAGCAGCCACGAGGCCCCAAACUCACACCUCCGACAAACCGAGCCCUGCAUUCUAAACUCCUACCGCUUGCAGUAGCGUUUAUCACCCCAGUACCGCCCAGAUGCCCCACGGCAUAACUAGCAGCAACGUCGUCCGCACCAUCAUCUCUACCUGCGACAUCUUCGUGCUCGCCAUCGGCCUACUCGAGCCUCGCCCAACAGCCGGGAUGAAUCCAGAGCAAGCUCUGGACGCGAUGGCGCCGUGGCUGAUCGACGCCGAAAUCUUUUGGGAGCGGAUGUUCGGGAUGGCGCGGUGAAAACGGGUAGGCUUGUCGGUACUACAAGGGCAUAGCAAGCUCUUGUACGGAUGCUGUGGCACCGAACAGGCGUUUGCGCGACUAUUAGACGCAUUGCUAGCAGAUGAUGCGAGGGCAAGAUGCUUGCAGGAAGAUGGGAUUGGAGGUGAGAGUGCAGCGGUGAUGCCGAUAUCAGAGGGCUGAUAUAGGCGUACGGUGCUUAUGCGGCAUUUUUUCCCGAAAGGCAGCAGAUGCUGAAGGAACGAGAUCGCUUUGAGGG